ACAAUAGGUUUGGUUACGACAAUUAUGUAUAUUGAUAUUAUUACUAUUAUAUCUUUUAUAAGUGAAAUAAGAAUUUCAUUCUCACCGUAAUGUAUUGGUUUGUUUCAGAUGCACGAAUGGAUUGCGAUGCAGGUAAUUUUAUUUUUGCAUCGUUAUAUAUUUUUCAACGCUACUAUGCAAACGUCUCUUCUAGCUUUACGUUAUUACAUAUCAUGAACGUGGUUUCAAAGCUUCGAGAUUUUUUGUUUGAUGUAGUUCGAACACAGCCGAUGUCCAAUAAGAAAAUUUAUUUUUAAAUUAUCGAAGUUAUAAAUUCUCUUGUUGUCUAUAAUUACAUCGAAAAAAAAGUGAUUAUAUACAUAUUAUAUAUCAGAUUAUAUACAUUGAAAACAAGUGUAUAUGUUAGCGCUAUUCUUCGAAAUCUAUUAGUUUAAUAAUCUAUUUCAAUAACUUAAUAUCACACAUUAGGACAUAUUUUCAAUGUUCAACGUUAAAAAUAUUAUUGCGUCCUAUUAUUAUACUUUGUCGCUGCAAAAGAAAGCCAUCGAGAGAAUACACAAGAAAGAUGAUAUUGUUCUGUUCUAAUGUUUAUUAUAUUGACAUAGCGCGUCGCGACUAUAAGCUCCUUCGAUUAUCUUCGAAUAUUUUCGAUACUUUGCAGGUACAAGUCGUAGCAUACUUCUCACAUGACGAUUUCAUUAAAGUGAAAGAUCACUACCUCGUUCGAUUACACUUCGUUCGAUUUAGACAAAGUCUCCGGAAGUCAGAAAUAUGACGAAGAAAUCGCGUAAAGCUGUGGAGAGGGAGCAAGCGGCAUCCGCGGCCGCAGCUGCCGAAGCUGAAGAGAUCAGGGCGCGAAUAAUCAAAGACAUGCACGAGGAGAUUCGACAGGAGAAGUAUAAUGCAGAGAGGCAAGUGCUGCUCGAUGAAAAAGAGACUGCAAUGCGAAAGGUUCAAUUGGAGAAGACUUGGCACGCGCUUCAGGAUCAUGAAAGCGCCUUCAUGGAGUACGUAGCUGACGCCGAAAAAGAGAAAAAUUGGUCUAGAUACAUGACAUGCGAUGGAUUGCCGAAUCCCGGCAGCUUAUCGGACAUGAACACCUUCUUGUUUUUGUGGUCUAUGGAAGACAAGGAAGUUAAUAUGAGCAACUUCACUAAGAAAUACGACACUAUUAUCUACCUAAUAACAAAACUCGACGAGAUAGUGCGAUUUUCUUUGAUGAGACCGCCUGACUACCUGUUCGAGUGCAAAACGAUCCGCCAACGAUUCCGAGACAAGCUUCAAAAAUGGAUAGACAUGGCGUGCUACGCUCUGCUGCGGCAAAUAGAACGGGACAUGGUACGUGAAGACAUAAAAACGACGAGGUACAGCAACGUCUCGAGACAUGUCAGUUGUUGCAUCUGGGCUCUGAUAAAAUGGCCGAUUAAACUGAAGCAGCCCUCUGACAAAGAUCGAAUACCGAUCGAGGUUCACUUCGAGGAAAUGGAACUGACCGUUAAAAUGCCCACAGACAUCGAUUGUUAUUGCAUGGCAAUACGAGCAUUGUGGGUGAAGUAUGAUCAUUAUUCGGAUCGCGCGACUUCCUACGUCAUGCCGGAGUUGCCGCGCGAAUAUGAAAGUGGCCAUAUUAUGAACUUUCUCGCCUAUUGUCAGAGCGAAUAUGACUCGAAGUUGAAGAUACGUGAGGAACAGGCUGAAGGACGUCGCCUGCGCUUGGAGGAGAAAAAAGCUAUACUCGAGAAAAUGGAACAUCCGCCGGAACCGGAACCUACAAAAUCCGAUAGAAAAGGGAAGCAACAAAAGAAGCUUGGUGUGCAGACGAAACCAGAACCGAUACAGGAACCGGAACGUUUACCGUAUCUGCCUGUACCUGACGAGAUCAUUCUACAGAGAGAUGAGGAAACCAAAAAAGAGAUUAGAAAGCUGCUGUUCAUGCGAUGCGAGAAGACGGAGAUCAAUCUGCGAAAAUACAAGAUACUCGGCGGAGUAAUACAUAUCGAUUUAAUUUAUCAGCCUCCGCAGCCCAAAGACAUGGGGAGAGACGUUUUGCUUACCACCUUGCAAAUCCCCAAAGAACUAAAAUUUGUGCCAUUCUCGAAGCCGUACAAGGCGCCGCCUCCAGCACCUGAUUCUGAAAGGACCCCGGAAGUGAUCGAGGCGGAAAUGAAAGCUCUGGAAACCGCGAUGGAGGCUCUGGCGCUAAUAACUUUGAAACUUCCCAGUUCGAUCAUCUGGUUCGAGCCACCGUUGGUGGCACAUUGGAUUCCCGAAAAAAAUAUGUGGUCCACGCAGGACGUGCACGACAUCAAGUACAACGAGGAAAAGCAGACCAUCACUUUCAGAACCGGCAGGCUAGGUGUUCACGGGCUCGCUGCUUUCAAGUUCAUCAACAUUCCCUUCCAAACCUGGGAACUUAAGCCCGAAAUGGGCAGAAACGCGCGCGGCGGCGUUGUGCUCAAUGUGUCUGCCGCAAUCGUCCAAGCGGAAUUCAUAGUCCGGGAGGACUUAGUGUGCUUAAAUUCACUGGCUGGUGGUAUGUCGACGGCAAUAAAGGAAAUUCUCGGGGAAUAUAUGAAACUGUACUUCCUGGUUGAGAAGAUGCGCGACGCCGGGUGCGAUCUAUUUCCGGAGCGGGACGCCUUCAGCUACGUGAAGUCUCUUCCGGUGAAACAUCCGGUGACGGAGAAGCACCUGCGGGAAUGCAUGGCGCUGCUCUGCACAGCGUACACGUUCUCCUGGUCGCGAUGGAGCGCCAAUCGCAAUUGCCGCGAGAUCGUCGUGCAAUUCAAGGAGCUCCACGGAUGCCUCGCGAAAGAGCAAACGAACGCGACCCUCUUGGUGACCCCCUCGCGAACAAUGGUAGUAGCUUGCACUGAAGUGAGCUCCGAGUUCUCCGACGUGCCCGUGGAUGGUGAAAAUUCGAAGUUUUACGCCGAUUUGUACAACUUGGCGCUACAAAACGCCGGCGUGAAGACUCGGCUUUUGAUCAAAAACAUCUCCUUCAAGCUGGUCAGCACCGUCGUCGAACUUCUCGGCCGCACUAACGUGAUCAACAUGUCAUCCUGAGAAAUUAAAUCAAAAAGCAAGAGACUUAGCCUAAAUUCGUCGUCUUACCACGAUGCUG